GCCUGGCCUAGUUCAGGCCACCUCCCCCAACUUCAAAGCCAGAAAUGGCCAGGUGAAUCCGCCUCAACCCGACACCGCCGACAUCCCGACUGACACAUCUGCCUUCGACACAGUCCAGCUGUCCUGAUUACAUUGAACUCAACGGAUAAUCCAGGAUAAUCUCCAGGUUUAAGAACUACUCAGCCCUAGGUGAAUGCCCAGAGUUGACUCCUGUGCCUUCUCUGUGGACCUAACAGAACGGUGGCCCAGCAGGGACGUGUCUGGCUCUGGCAAUGGGAGUCAGGAAGGGCAUGACACGGAUGCUGCUGGAGUGCAGUUUCAGCGACAAACUGUGCAUUGUCCAAGAAGGGCAGUAUGAAGUGAUUGUCAUCCCAGCCUUCUUUGUUGGUGCCUUCCUAGUCCUUCUUGCGGUCAUCCUGUGGCUUUUCAUCAGAGGACAAAGAGCCCAGCAGCAGCGUCCUGGACUUCAAGGUGUUGUUCCUGUGCCCUUAGCCAGGGGCCUAAACUGGGAAAAAACUGGGCAUGGAGGAAAUAUGCUUGUGCCUCUUAAUGAAACCUCAGUAGAAAACUUUCUACUCACAAGAGCACCUGUCCUGGCAAAGCUGCAGGUGCCCCGGGAGCAACUCUCAGAAGUUCUGCAGCUAAUUUACAACGGCACCUGUGGGCCCAUCUAUCGAGCCAAGAGGAACACUGGCGACUCUGGUAAAUCCAAGAGUGUUGUCCUCAAAACCUUAAAAGAACCAGCUGGACUCCAGGAGGUGCAGGAUUUCUUAGGACAAAUCCAGUUCUAUCAGUACCUGGGGAAACAUAAGAAUCUGGUCCAAUUGGAAGGCUGUGGCACUGAGAAGCUGCCGCUGUACAUGGUGUUGGAGGAUGUAGCCCAGGGGGACCUGCUCAGCUUUCUUUGGAUCUGCCGCCGGGAUGUGAUGACCAUGGAUGGUCUUCUCUAUGAUCUCACAGAAAAACAGGUCUACCACAUUGGAAGGCAGGUCCUUUUGGCUCUGGAAUUCCUGCAGGAUAAGCACCUGUUCCAUGGGGAUGUGGCAGCCAGGAACAUCCUAAUCCAAAGUGAUCUGACGCCUAAACUGUGUGGCCUGGGGCUGGCUUACGAACUGCACACCCAGGGAGCCAUCUCCUCCAUGAGGAUGGUGCCUGUCAAGUGGCUCUCCCCAGAGCGGCUUCUCCAGAGACCUGCUAGCAUCAGGGGAGAUAUCUGGUCCUUUGGGAUCCUGCUCUACGAGAUGGUGACUCUAGGAGCACCACCAUAUCCUGAAGUCCCUCCUACCAGCAUCCUGCAGUAUCUUCAGAGGAGGAAAAUUAUGAAGCGACCCAGUAGCUGCAAGCACACUAUGUAUAGUAUCAUGAAGUCCUGCUGGCACUGGAGCGAGGACAGCCGCCCUCUACCCAGGGAACUACGCUUGCGCUUAGAUGCCGCCAUUAGGACUGCAGAUGACAAGGCUGUGUUGCAGGUGCCAGAGUUGGUGGUGCCUGAUCUGUACGCUGCCGUGGCUGGCAUCAGUGUAGACAGCCUCUCCUACAACUACAGCGUCCUUUGAAGCUUCCUUCCCACUGCAAACAUUCAUGAAUGACUGGAUGCUCCUGGAACCAGUUUUUUUCUCCAACAACAAACAACAAACUUUCUGGCAAAAACUAGAGGAAUAGGACAAGAAUCCUGAAUCUUCCCCUUAUACAUUUCCUGAGGAAUCUAAAAUGAUGCUGGAUGAGGCUCUCCACACCUUAUUUCCUUCAGCUGAGACAUACUUUGAUUCCCUUGCUGUCCCAAUCCUAAAGAUCUUGGGAGAAAGUAUGAAGGAAAAGUGUCACAGAACAGCAGGGAUCAGACAUCUGCAGUGUUUGUUGUAAAUGAGUUGGCAUCUUUGAAGAACGAUUUAUCUAGACUCUUACAAGCCCCAGAGGAG